AUGAACGGACAGCAACACCAACUCGACGGCAUGUCGAACGGAGGCAAGCACACCAGCUGGGAGCCAUCAUCCUGGCGGUCGAAACCAAUCAAACAACCCGUCCACUACGAAGAUCAAGCCGCAGUCGGCAAGUCUGUAGGAAAACUACAACACUUACCACCCAUCGUCACGCCCACGGAAAUCUGGAGGCUGAGGCGGUCACUGGAAGAUGUCGCACUGGGAAAAGCCUUCUUACUCCAGGGUGGCGACUGCGCGGAGCUAUUCGAUUACUGCAACGAUGAAGCCAUUGAUGCUAAAAUCAAGCUGCUGCUCCAGAUGUCCCUCGUCCUCAUCUGGGGUGGCAACAAGCCCGUGGUGCGCAUAGCGCGGAUGGCAGGACAGUAUGCGAAACCCCGAAGCUCGCCCAUGGAGAUGGUGGAUGGCAAGGAGAUUCCGAGCUUUCGUGGCGAUAUCCUGAAUGGGGCUAUUGAUCCCGAUAGGCUGGUGCAAGCGUACUUUCACUCAGCGGCGACGUUGAACUAUGUUCGAGCGCAGUUGAGCUCAGGAAUCGCCGAUCUCCACAAGCCAUUGGAUUGGGGAUUGGGCCAUGUACAGGAUCCUGAGAUGCAGAAGAAAUACACAACCAUUGUUGAGAGCAUCAGCGAGUCUCUUCGCUUCAUGCGGACGAUUGGCGCAGACACAGCCGGACAGCUCCAAACUGUCGACCUCUACACCAGCCAUGAGGGGCUACUACUGGCAUACGAAGAAUCUCUAACACGCAAACUAAAACACCCAUCAAACCGCAACGUCCCUCCCAAAAUGAAGCCCGCAAAACCCCCCAAAGUCUCCCCCCUCACCGGCGGUGCCCUCACCAAUCCCUCCAUCCAAGAACCAGAAACCACAGGAUACUACAACACCAGCGCCCACUUCCUCUGGGUCGGCGACCGCACCCGCCAACCCGACCACGCUCACAUCGAAUACUUCCGCGGCAUCGAGAACCCCAUCGGCAUCAAAGUCGGUCCCACGACCACCACAGAAGACCUCACUCAACUCCUCGACAUCGUGAACCCGGGCAAAGAAACAGGAAAAGUCACCCUCAUAACCCGCUACGGCGAGGCCAAAGUCUCCGAGCUCCUGCCAAAACACAUCAACGCAGUGCGCGAGACCGGGCACGUAGUAGUCUGGCAGUGCGACCCGAUGCACGGAAACACACGGUCCACGACUACCGGCGUAAAGACGCGGUCGUUCGCGGCGAUUUUCUCGGAGCUUUCAGCCGCGUUGAGGAUUCAUCAAGAGUGCGGAUCGUUUCUAGGUGGGGUGCAUUUGGAAUUGACGGGUGACGCGGUUACGGAGUGUACGGGUGGGAGCCAGGGGUUGCAAGAUGAGGAUCUGGGGGAGCGGUAUGAGACGUUUUGUGAUCCGCGGUUGAACGAGAAGCAGGCGCUGGAGUUGGCGUUUUUGGUUGCUGGGAGUCAGCGGGGGAGUAAUAAUGUUUGA